AUGAGUAAAUUUGAAGAGAUAUUCGCAAUAACAGAAGAGUUGGCAGAGGAAAUAGAAUAUCAUAAUGAAAAAAUAACAGAUUUAAAUCAAAGAAAUAAAUUAAAUAAAGAGGCAAUUACAAGAUUAGAAAAGAUAGAGAAAGAUGGUAGUAACAAGAAGAAACAAAGUUUUAUCUAUACAGGUGAUAUUUUCAUUCAAAUGAAAGAUAACAUUUGCAAGAAUACAUUGGUACAAGAAAAUGAACAUAUAAACGAAGAAAUCAAACAUCAUCAAGUACACCUCAAAGAACGACAAGAACAAUACCGAACUUAUCAAAGCAAGAUGCAAAAGGAAAGAAAUACUUAUUUUGAAGCUCAACAGAAACAACAAUAG